GUUCGCUCGAAAAAGAAGAGGGCGCUGUACUGAUUUCACGAAAGCUGCGAGAACAGUGGACAGCGCACAAUGGAUGAUACACUUUUCGACUUUCUUCACUUAGAAAUGGUAGCACAUAUUAUUCGAGGAGCAAAAAAGAAAGAUGAUAUCGAUUCAUGUAUUACGAAGCUGGAAGCUAUGGGGUACAGGGUAGGUCAGAGUUUAAUUGAGAGAGUAUUGAAGGAGGCUCCUCGCUUUAAAGAUGAACUAGAUGUCAUGAAAUUUAUUUGCAAAGAUUUUUGGUCAAGUAUAUUCAAGAAACAAGUGGAUAAUCUCAGGACUAAUCAUCAGGGCGUGUAUGUUUUACAGGACAAUAAAUUCAAGAUUCUGACUCAAAUGUCAGCAGGAAAACAGUACUUGGAAAUGGCACCCAGAUACGUUUAUAAGUAUAUGCUGGAGAAGGGACCAAUGAAUCCUAAAAUAUUUGUUGAAUAA